AUGAAGGCCACACACAUCAUCGUCAUCACACUCCUUCUCGUAACCGCCUUCUGUAUCUUCUUCGGCUGGUGCCUGUACAAGUCAUGUCGGCGAGUCAUUGACGUGGAACAUCAUGAGUUGAGGUGCAGGCAAGAGGAUGGUGAAGCAGGCACUGUCAAGAGUGAUGGGGCGAAGAGCGCGAAGAGCGGAGGAAAGAGUGUUAAGAGUGCAGCGAAGAGUGCAGCGAAGAGUGCAGCGAAGAGUUCAAAGAGUGCAGCGAAGAGUUCAAAGAGUGCACCAAAGAGUGCAAGAAGCGCCGCAAACAGUGGAGCUGCAGCAGGACCAAUGGACGAUAUGAAAUGUGGAUAA